AUGUAUGUAUUUGUAUAUCCUAUUACUAAACUUUACGAUGUGGUAAUCGUGGGAGCCGGACUCAGUGGACUCCAAGCAGCGCAUUACAUCCAGGCAGCAGGAUUCAGCGUGUGUAUCCUGGAAGUUACGGACCGAGUGGUCGGGAAGACGUUGACCGUGAAGUCCAGCAAAAAGGGAUACAACGAUCUAGGAGCGGCUUGGGUGAAUGAUACGAACCAGAGUGGGAUUUUCAAACUCCAUCAGAGGUACGGACUGGAUGGGGUGGUACAGUAUACGCGUGGAGAUGAUAUUCUCGAAUCAGGUGAGGGGGUGAUUCGCAAGAUACCGUAUGGAUGGCCUUUGACUGGGCUUGCGCGGAAAUUGAUGAUUAUCCUGCGAGAUGAGUCCUCACGGAUGGACUUGGACGACCCAAAAGGGUUUCCAGAGGCCAAGGAAGUGGAUAAUAUGACGUUGGACGAAUUUUGCGUUGAUAGGUCUGGGUCGCAGAAUGCAGUUCACAUGGCAGAUGCUAUUUCAUCGGGGCUGCUUGGGGUGGAUAGUGUGGAAGUUAGUGCGUUGUAUAUGCUGUAUUAUUUCAAUAGUGGAAGGGGGAUCGACAAUCUCUUGUCGGAUGAGAAGGAUGGAGCGCAUUACCUACGUACCAGGCAAGGAACCCAAACUAUCGCUCGGAAGAUGGCAGAUGAGCUCGAUAAAUCCGACAUCUUCUUGGGCGUGCCUGUCACGUCAAUCAGUCAGUCUCAUGACGACAGUCCCUGCGUGGUCCAGACACUUGAUGGCAUUUCGUUUAGUUGUCGACGCGUUAUCGUGUCUAUUCCUACGAACUUGUACCAAAGCAUCUCCUCCUAUCCCCCACUUCCACAAGCUAAGCGUGUUUUAAGCAACCAUACGAUCAUGGGAAAUAACACAUGGUCCGAGUUGUCCAAGGGUGAUCGGUUCAAUCAAGCGUGGGAGCAAUUCUGCCGAUGUUUUGGCAAGUUCGUGAAAGACAUUCCCAAGCCAUACAAUACUCUAGAAAUGGAAUGGAGUAAAGAGCCUUACUUCUUCGGCGCACCUUGUCCAGCGAUGACACCAGGCUUGCUGACUACCGUCGGGACUGAUCUCGCAGCACCGCAUGGUAAAGUGCAUUUCAUCGGAACAGAAACGUCCACAGUGUGGCGUGGGUACAUGGAGGGGGCCAUUCGAGCAGGGCAACGAGGAGCAGCCGAGGUAGCGACGGCACUGCAGGAAGACUAG